UUGAAGCUCUAGGAGGAAAGCAGUCAGAUAGCCCAUCCUUGGCUCACAGGAGGGAGGCAUUCUUGGCCUUCAUUGAAAACCAGUGCCUGGCCCGCACCUGCAGAAGGAAGGCUCUUGCGGGACGUGCUCUGCACCGUUCAGAAGGGAGACAUUGCGGACCCGAGAGAAGUGGAGAAACGGGUCAUAGAACAGCAGGAAACCGGGGCUGGAGACGGACUAAUGCAGAAUUGGAGAAGAAAGGGGAAAAAGCCGAGCUGGAGGCUUUAGGAACUGUCAUGAUCAGAAGAGCACCUUGGGGAUGUGUCGAGGAGAGUUUUAAGGAAGGAGGUUGUAAGGAGACUGCAGCCUACAGUCCGGGCUUGCGGGCUGGCGGCAGGUUGCCAGAGCCCCGAGCCCAGAAAGACCUGGGUUUAGGAGUGGGGAGAAGAGAGAAUAAUGAGAACCCACCUGGUCCUCUCAUUUCUCCUCUUCUUUGUGAUCGGCUAUGGCUCCUCAGAAAAUGCCAGCACUUCUCGAGGCUGUGGGCUUGACCUCCUCCCUCAGUAUGUGUCCCUGUGCGACCUGGAUGCCAUUUGGGGGAUCGUGGUGGAGGCAGUGGCGGGGGCAGGGGCCCUUAUCACGCUGCUGUUGAUUCUGAUCCUCCUGGUGAGAUUGCCAUUCAUCAAGGACAAAGAGAAGAAGGGGCCCCUGGGCCUGAACUUUCUCUUCCUUCUGGGGACCUUAGGGUUGUUUGGACUGACUUUUGCAUUCAUUAUCCGAGAGGAUGAGACCAUAUGCUCAGCACGUAGGUUCCUGUGGGGGGUGCUCUUUGCCCUGUGCUUCUCAUGCUUGCUCAGCCAGGCAUGGCGAGUCCGGAGGCUGGUUCGCCAUGGGAAAAGCCCCUCAGGCUGGCAUCUCACUGGUAUGGCCAUAUGCCUGAUGCUGGUCCAGGUCAUCAUUGCCACAGAAUGGCUGGUCUUGAAUGUGGUCCGGGAUAAAAAGCUAGCCUGCAACUAUGAACCCAUGGAUUUUGCAUUGGCCUUAAUUUAUGACAUGGUUCUGCUGGUGGUAACCCUGGGUGUGUCCCUUUUCACUCUCUGUGGGAAAUUCAAGAAGUGGAAGAAGAAUGGAGUGUGCCUCAUCCUUACCACCUUCCUCUCCAUUCUGAUCUGGGUGGCCUGGAUGACCAUGUACCUUUUUGGCAAUGCAGAACUAAGGAAAGGUGACGUUUGGAGUGAUCCCACCCUGGCCAUUGCUCUGGUGUCCAGUGGGUGGGUGUUUGUCAUCUUCCAUGCUAUUCCUGAAGUUCACUGCUCAAUCCUUCCAUCGCAACAAGAGAAUACACCCAACUACUUUGAUACAUCACAGCCCAGGAUGCGGGAGACAGCAUUUGAAGAGGACGUUCAGCUUCCCCGGAGCUACAUGGAAAACAAAGCUUUUUCAAUGGAUGAACACAAUGCAGCUCUACGAACUGCAGGAUUUCGAAAUGGUAGUUUGGCAAACCGACCCAGCGCUCCAUUUAGAAGCAAUGUUUAUCAGCCCACUGAGAUGGCAGUUGUGCUAAAUGGUGGGACUAUCCCAACCGCUCCGCCAAGUUACACUGGAAGACACCUUUGGUGAAAGGCUUUUACAAAGUUCCAGAGAAUAAGUAUCUCUAUUACAGAUUUUAUUCCCUGGCUGAGUCUUUCUGGGGGAGAAAUCAAUAACAGUGGCGGGACAAAGUCACUGCUCAUCCUGGAGCUUUCAGAAUCCCAGAUAAUGGGGUUUCAUGUAAAUGUGAACACUGGUGAACUGAUAAGCUAACCGCCCACAAAAUACCAAACCAACCAACGAUUUUGCAAACUAUAGCAAAGCUAAUUUCCUGUAGAAUUAGGCUCACUCUUAAAAUGCAACUGGGGAGACCACAUCCUCCAAGUGUAGAAGAACCAAAGUCACAGUGACUGCUAAGCAGGCCUGAUUUGCUUUCAGUGCAGGUUUCCUUGUAGGGCCUCUCCCAAUGGCAAGUGUUGGAUCCAGGCUGCCUCCCUCAUGAGGUUGGCAUUUUAUUGCUAAAGCAUACAGAGGAGUUUUCCCACUUGCUUGCUAGUUGGUUUAUGUGUUGCCAGGGGUCAGAGAGAGUAAUUUGUUUAUCAGUUUUGUGAGUGUGUAUCUGCAGACAUAGUUAGAUUAUGGGGCUUUUAUUGAAGGUGGGAGCCCUGGUUAACAUUGAGAGAAGUAUUGCAUUACCUGUGAAAAUGCAAGAAACACUAUUAGUGAAGGAUCCCCCUCCCAUUCUGAAGAAGUAAAUGGUAUCUGGUUGUUGGUUCGUGGAUCACAUUUAACAUGGUGUUGGACUGGUGUUUGUUGUUUAUGCCCCAUACCUGUGAUAUUCCCAUUAAGAGAACAGACAGGCUCCAAAAUGGAGCCAGAGAUAGACAUGACCUGUGUCAUGUGGCACCAGACUAAAGUUCUCAGUGCUAUCAAGCUUCUCUCCUCCCAUCCCACAUCCCCAGAAGCCGACUGAGAACCUGGUGGUGUAAGCAUCUUUCUGAUUUAUCUAUAUUUUAUAUCCAAAUGUGCCAAUGGGGCCACCAGCUCAGAAAGCCAAAGGGAUGAGACUUAUCAGGUUUGCCACAGACCUAUGUGAUAUGGCUUUCCCAGAGUUCCAUAAAAUGCUUAGUAAUGCAAGAAACUUCUCUGUUCCUUAUAUCAAGGUAGUAGGACCUCUAAGACACGAACAUUUUUGUUUGUGGAUUUUUUUGUUUGUUUUUUGGGUUUUGAGAUAGAAAAGAGAAGUUUGUUAGAUGGUUUUAUCUUGGUUAACUGCAAGUUUUCUGAAAGUAGUUAUUUUAAAAUCCAUUACUUCUGUCAUAGUUUCCAUCUGUCUUGAGCAAAUCAUCCUGUUAUUUAAUAUUUAUUUAGUGCAUAUCCAACAUUAAAAGCAUCAUGGUCUCCUCAUUGUUUAGCCAACAUGAUCUGCAGCUUUCUUAAAUGCCUAAAGCAAGAUUUUAACCUGACAGUAUUGGAUAUAUAAAUGAUGAUGGGCUCUUUUGCUAUAUAACACAAGACAUAAGAAAUCUAUUUUCUAGCCUUUAAAAAAAAAAGGUAAGCCACAAAGAACAUGGAGAAGGUCAAUGGUUGGGGAAAAAAUGGUCACUGACUUUAUAAAUUUAUAUAUCUAUGCCGAAUAAUUAUAACAAAACCUCUAAUUCUUUGUACACCUGAUUUUUGGCUGUGCCCUACAAGCCCUCCACCCUCUGCACAGCAUUGAGGGAAAUGAGAUUGAUAUUGUCAUUCUUGCCUUGAUCAUCUUAUCUUGCAAGUUAUUUUUUCUCCCUCUUUGCAAGUUCAUUUCCCUUUCUGCCAUGCAUGUGAAAGGAAAGCAUGGCAUGAGAGUGUCUGCCCCCGUCACAUCUCAUCUCCAGUAUCAGCCCUGGGAGCAUGCGCUUGCUUUUAGACAACCAGACACCUGACUUUAGCCCUUAGUGUGUGUUCGGGAAGGUGAUUAUUAGAUGGUUUGGAAAUUUUAAGUAUUUGAGGGAGGGGGGAUGUUAGAAAAAGGGUGGGGGGCGGGAUGUUGCAUGCAGAACCCAUUAUUCUAAAAAUAAAGAAAUCUAAUGCCUCAGUCUAAUCCAAUUAAAAAGUGUUACACAUUCUCGUGCUAGGAAAUGGUUACUUAUCCCAGCUGUAUGAAGUCAUUUGGAGUUGUAGAAUGCCAUCACUGACAUUUGCCUGCAAAAAAAAAGUCUCACUUUCAGAAAGAAACCAUUAAUGAUGUAACUUUCCUCUAAGCUGUUAUCAAAAUGUCUAAGGUGACUAUGGCCUAGAUGGGAGGAGUGGUUUCUCUUUGUAAAUGCUACUGCUGGAAAGUAACAUUCACUACAAUAAAAAGAAAGUGUUUCUAGUCCUUGGACAAUUUUAUUUCAGACAGUUAUCAGAUGUGUUUUUAAGGUUCUGUGUUUGGCAGGGUUUAAAGAUGGGAAUGAAUAAAUUGUAAUCUGGGGUAGUGGAGUGGUAAUCCCAGAAAAGAGAGGAUCAUUGUUUGCCUAAUAACCUCACAUGACUCAUACGAAGAUCUUUGCCUGGCCAUAGUCUGUGAUAGCAACUGCCCCAGAAAGCAAAGUGUGACAAGGCAUCUCCUUUAUUCUGGCACCUCCAUUUAUUAUUUGUGUAAAUGAGACGUGUUUACUUUUAACUUAACAAGUAGCAGUGAUUAGAACACACAGUUGUAAGCACAAAUUAUGAAUCUCUCAGCAUUAAGUUAUCAGAAGCCAUUCCGGGGCCAUAAAAGCCACCGGGUCCCUCUCGGUAUAAGACUGGAUGCAUCCCAGUUUUCCUCUGCCUGCAGAUGGGGGGGGGGGAGGCGGCAGGGCAGGAACAGAAUUCUGAGACCCUACGGCACUUUCAAACUUUGUGAUGAAAUGUUACAGUGUUUAAAAUGUGGCUAUUCCAUGGUUUAAGAGAAAUCAGAUGAAGCUGCGGCCUCUGGGCACCCCCUUGAUUCUGGAAAAAGGCACUGCUUAAUUGUCUUUGAAAGGGUGCCUUUUUCACGCAGAAUUAACUAGGUUCUUUUCUUGGUUGGUGACAGCUGAGUUUGGUGCCUCGGGCCUAACCAAAAGCUGUACAAAAAGGGAACAUUGUAGUUUUUAUAAUCAAACAAUUUGAUUAUUAUUAUUAUACCAGCUUACAGGAUUACCCAGCAGGUGCUUUUUAUUAAUUGAUUAAGAACAGAAGCUCACUUUUGAUAGAUAAUAUAUAUUUAUUAAAUGUAUUAAUGUGUGUUUUCUAAUGUACUUUCCCCCUCCCUCCCUCCCCUGCUGGUGCCCGUUGCAUACUUAAAAAGAACGUCUUUAAAGAAUUUUCAAGACAAUCAAUGUGUACCAUAAAUGACUGUAUAUAAGAAUACAAAUUAAGAAGGUUGUAAAGCAUGGGCAGAUAUGUUUUAUUUUCAAAAUGCUGUUCUUAACAAAAAAUAAAGGCUUUACUAUUUACGUACAA